UCAUACAUAUGUACACAUAAAGCUUCCAAAAAGUCAAUGUCAUCGAUUUCUCGUACCUCGUGAGCCACGAUGGCUAUUAGUGUGGCACGUACCGACUGCAAGAAUUAUGCUUAAGAAUCAGGAAUAUCCAAUGAGUGGCGCACUUAAACACAAACGCUUUUUGUGUAAGCCAACUAACCAGUUUCUUGGCGUGUCACAAAGCCCAGUUCGGCCACACAACCGAAGCUGCGUUUGAAGUCGUAGCUCGAACAUGUUUGAGCGCAAACACGAACGUACACAGCGGAUCCAAGUGUAAAGGUGUGCGCGGUGGCACAGGUACGAGUAAAGCCAACCGGACUACUAGACAGCCGCCAGCUCGUCAGCACUGCGAGUGAUACGGCGCUUAUUGGACUCGCGGGGAGCGAAAGCCAACAAACCUAGACUUGUUGAAGCCGGUCUUUCGGGCGGUCUGUAGCAGCUGAAGCAAGGUAAGACUUGUGUUAAGAAAGUGCGCCACCGCACCGGAGAGUGUUUUCAACGUACGAUCGAUCUUACCAAUGUGCGGUGCUCAGCGGUUUGAGCGCUUACUCGGAAUUCAGUUACUUUUUAACGUUGAACUUAAGCGCAACUUGAUUUUUGAUUUUCGGAACGCGUCGUCGUGGCGUUAAUUUUGUAUUUCUUCUAAUAGAAUGCGCGAGCGCGGGUACGAGAGUGCAAUACAGCACGAAGCAAACACAUAUGUAGUGCAUAUAAUACAUAAAUCUUGAAAGCGACGUGUACGAGGCAGAAAAAUGCUUAACAAGAUCCGUGUGCAAUCGCUUAAGCAUAAAAGUAAUUUGUUUUUUUAAGAAAUGAAAAAUCCAAUAAGAAAAUAAUUAAGCAUUGAGAAAAGAGUCUAGCAAAACACAAGAGCGAAGAUAAAUCGUUAAAAAAUGCAAAUUAAAACUAGAAAAUGUGUCAAAUAAAUUAAUAAGUGUCAAUAGAAUUUUAAAUAUAAAUAACAACUAAACUAAGUUUAUGUUAAGUCGCGUUUUAUGUUGCAACAACAACACUGCUUGUGUCAAAUUAACAUUUAUUUCCAUUAUUUCGUGUGCUAAAUCGCCUGUGUAGUCUUCCGCAACUGGCUUAGUGGCUAAAUCUGGGCAUCUACUGCGACUCCAAACCACACACAGCCACUUACGAAUUUGUGCAAUAAAUGAAAAAGGUGCUAAUUACAUAAUUUGAAAUUGAUUUGAAGUGAGUUUAAACGUAAAUUCAACAGAAAUGGUUUAUAUAAAUAAGUGAAAGGCCUCAAAUAAUUUGCAAAACUACAAUUAAAAUUCAAAAAUAACUGUACUAAAUCAGCAUUUCCCAUUAAUACACACAUAUAUUUUCAAAACUUCACAUAAUCCAAAACAAUAACAGUAUUUCACCUACCGCCAACCGUCGCAACUCUAGCUAAGUAACUAAAUUUCAACUUUAACUAAAUCGCAAAUAUAACUAAAUCACCUUCACUGCGUCAGUCUUGAGCAAAAGCAAUUGUUCUAGACAUAACACAUCAACUUCAGCAAUACUCAGCAUUUAAAUAAAACUCUAACCCUUCAUAUUCCAUCAAAAAACACUUCUAUCAUUUUGGAAGCAUUUUUAUGUGGAUUUACGAAACGUGGAUUUUCCAAAUGAGAUUUUAUACUAGCGAUUAACGGAUAUUUUUUACGUUAUCUUCCAGCGAUAAUGUCAAAUAAAUAUCAUUUUCGCUUAUCGAAAAUUUUUUAACUUCUGUACGAAUGCUGAACUUGGUGCUGUAUGUAAAGCAGUUAGACAUACACAUACACACAGAUAAAUAUAUAAAAUAUAUAUACAAAGUCUUAGUACGUGAAGAAACGGAGUAAUAAUAAACAAAAGCUACGGAGUAUAGCUAGGAUCGUUCUGCACCCGUGGAAGUAGAUCGCCGCUUGCCAUUUUAAUCGAAGCGAAUGUGUUCAAGCAUCAAGACGGAAUUCAAGCAAAUAAAAAUUCCACGCGAAAUACAUACAACAACACAAACAAACGCAAACACAAAGGGAACUAAAUUUUUUGAGUUAAUUGCAGUGAGUGCCGUUAGAGAGACGAAGACGUAGAACGUGUGAAUUGCACUUUUCCACGCUGCAAGUGCAUCAAAAACGCAUUUGCCGUCGCGAAAUUUCGUUAAUCCCUUGAACGGUGAUUGCAUAAGCAGCGAAAUUGCAAGCAAAACGGCAUGCGCUUGCUGCAGCUGCUGACGUCAAAAGCAGAUAACGGUGACAAUAGAUUAGUGAGCUGAAGAGAAAGUGAUUUACAUUUAAGCUGAAGGAUUAAUUGAAGGAGAAAGAGAACUAGUGGAAGAGGAAGAUUUCCAAAUCUACCAAACAACAAUUUGAUAAUCUAGCAUUUUGAAACAACACAAACAAAAGGAAAUGGAGCAUUUGGAUUUAGCCGGUGUGAUUAACACACCAACACUAUGGAAUAUGUCGGCAUUCGAUCAACAAGAUGCCAUUUAUUUGUCCAAUUCGAGACAGAUGCUGGAGCCAAUACUCGAAGAGACCUCGGAGGAUGAAGAGCACGCACAAAACAGCUGGAAUCAGUAUGAGCAGAGCAGAGAACACUUUUGGAGUUCAACGGAAUCGGAGACGGGCUCUGUCAUACGAGUCGAAGUUAACAAAGAUCCCGACUCGAUAUCAGAGCGCGAUUUCGCCUGUCCUGCAAAGCGCGCGCGUCGCUGUGAUGACUUCAUAAUCGGCGGUCAGCUUUCUUCCACCGCGCAGUCGGCCCUCACACAGCAACCAAGUCAAGCACAGCCAGUGUCGGGGAGUUAUGAUGACACAGUACUAUUGCGUCGCACACAACGUCCAUUUGACUACAAUGAGGCGAACAGCAACAGCUUGGAGCGCUUUCUUGCCUAUGAAGCCUGCACACGUGACAGCUGGGGUCAGCCGACACAGCAAGUGGUGCCGCAACGUAACAGUACCGGCAGUCGUCGUUUCGAUGAGUUUUCCGAUUCGGAUAGCAUAUCCUAUCACUCGCUCAGUCGUUCCUCCUCGCUGAUACAGUUCGAGUCUUUGGAACGACAACUGCAACUGCAAGAGCAGCAUGCGAGCAUGUCCAGUUUGGGCAAUUCUUCGCCUUCGUUGCUCAGUUUCGACGGCGCACGCAGCAAUGGCGCCUUGAAUGGCGAAGACGGCGUGCGUAGUGGAGCCAAUAGUGGCAGCAAUUCGGGUAGUAAUAGUCGACGUGGUUCUCAAAGCUCGCUGCUGAAGCGUUUUGAAUCCUCCGAUGGCCGCUUGCAUCAGACUUACUUCGAUUUGGAUAAACUGAAUUUCGAUGACGAUCAGCGUGUGAUAUUCGGUGCGAGUAAGGCGAAUUUGAUGGAGGCCACGGUGGGUGAAGUCAAGUCUGAUUCGGAGUCAUCUACUAGCUCAGGUAGUUCAUCGGGUAAUAGCAUUUUAACCGCAUCCAAGCCAUCGGCGGAAGAUUUGACAGACUCGAGUAGCACAGCGGGCACGCGUACUGGCCGCAUUAUGGCAUUCCAGCGUGCCGGCAAGAGUUCGGCGGAGAAUCUCUCAGAAGACUCGGGCUACUGUGAACCGUCGACGCUGCGACGCGCCAAAUCGAAGAGUAUACCAAAGAAUUUCGAGAAAUUCUGCGAGGAGGAGGAGGAAUUCCAGCAGUAUGAUUAUACCGUCGAAAGGCAUACCGUCGAGGCCAUUGACAGUGUGACGAAAACAACACAUCCACAAGAGCAAACACAACAACCACAUUCCAAAAGCGUCCUCAACCACAAUCACAACAUAAACACCGAUGUCGCGUCCACAAACCAUUACGUCGUAGGGCAUGAUAUAUGUCAGCCAAAAAUAAAUGACGCCACAUUCAUCGUAGCAACGGACGACGAAACGUCAUUUAGUGCGCCAACCACACCACCGCCACCGGCACUACCAAGAACAUCACCACAGACACCGGCGUUUAACGGCGGCCCAGGCGAAAAUGAAGACGAUGUGGACGAAUGUGAUGAGGAGCGCAAUUCAGAUACAGAAGAAACUAUCGGCUCGCGCUAUGUAUCGCAUGUAUCGGCGUGUCCAACGUAUGAGCAGGUUAAAAAUAGCCCAACGCGAGAGGCGACCGCUGCCGCUUUGUUGCUCGAACAGCGGCGCUCGUUGGCGCACUCGCCUUCGCCUGUGGCGUCUGAUGUCUCGUCGUCGUCCGCGGCGUCGGCGUCAUCGGGCAGCAGUUGCGGCACCGCGCGAUCCAACACCUCAGCGUCCACAUGCGCAUCGGCCGCCUCGUUCACAUGGCUACCAACACCGAAACAAUUGCAACAGCAACAACAACAGCUAAAAUUACAAUUAGAACAAACGCAACGCGAAACGCCAGCAUCCGCCAAGUUAGAGCUAUUAGCAGCGCAACAGCGCUCGACUCUCGAGAAUUUUUGUGCGAGUCUACGAAACAGUUUGCCAGAUAUACGCGACGCGUUAAGUACUACAACCUGCGAUACAGUUAUCGAAACAUAUUUUCCCGUUUUGUCGGAGAAACGCAACGGCAACGGUAGCGACGUGAACGACGCACACGACACAAACGGCCACGGACUGGAGCAUGCACGGAGCGACGCGAAGACGUCAGAACAUGAACUUAUAGACACCGAACGGUCGGACGGUGGCGCAACUAUAGCAACAUAUAACUUAGACGAUUCGGACUUUAGUACGACAUCGACAUCGGCAUCGGGUUCAGCAUCGGCGCGUGAAAGUCACAGUGACGAAACGGACAACGAGUCCACGCCAGAGGCUAGGAAACGACAACGUGUCUACAACAACACCGGUGGAGGUGGUGGUGGUUGUAUUGGUGCAACCGAACGUAGUGUUAUUGGUAGUUUUGGUGGUUACGUCAGUGGUGGACGGCGCAUUUCGAGUGUGCCAAGCGAAUUGAAUAAAUUGGGACGUAGAAAACGUGUAAGUGCACGCUAUAGACAGUGCAAAUCAUCGCCUGAAGAGGAAGCCACAAGCGAAACUAGUCCCAGCAAUUCGAGUGUGGACGAAGCCGAAGACGAGGAGGACUUUUUCGACACUUCGACCUCGUACAGAAUACGACGUACUUGCAGUUGGUCCGAACGGCGUGAACGCAAUCUACAACGCUUCGAAGCUGCAUUCGGCGACAGAGCGCAACGUGAAGGCCAACGCCAUUGGACCAGCCAGUCGCUGGGUUAUAUGAACGCUAGCUAUCAAGAUCUGACACAACUUGAUUAUUCGGGUAAGCAGCUGGAGGCCGAUCGGCACCGCAUUAGUGUACAGACUAAUUUAAAACGCUGUAGCGACUACUUAACAAGUGAGGGCGAAGGCGAACGUGACUCGGAGAGCGACAAUAUGGACACGCCCAAAAGCACAGCCAGCGCUGAUUAUGAAAAUAUAAUUUGCAAAGGCAAUUUCUUGCUGGAUGAACUGUCACAGAUAUACGACCGCAACGUUUCGAUUUUGAAUGAUAAACCGAUUGAGACCGACGAGCAUUUACAUUUGCCCACGGCCGAAGAAGUGGCGGCACGUCCGAGCUGCAGUCCGCGUCCACCGCCUCGUCAGCGCAAGCACUCCAACUCGAGUUACUCCGACAUGGAGAGUGUGGGUUGCGCCGACGAGCAAGUGGCCAUGGCGCAGCAUGUACAAUUGACCAUACGAAAGCCGCCCGCGCGUCAGAAGCACGCACGCAAAUCCGAGGCCACACACAGUUUAAUUAGCGAUGCGCAAUUUUCCAGCGAAACGUCAACCACAAAUACAUCGAGUGUGGCCUACGGCAAGACCUUCGAUCAGGAUCCAACCAAUUUGCACACCAGCUACACGCAGAGUUUGGAGAAAUGCAACUUCGAUCCGAAGGAGCUAAGCAACAGUGAGUUGAAUAAGUCGAACCCGAUACCAAAGCGACGUUUCCACUCACAGGCGAAUGCCACCAAGCAGCGCAAUAUGGUGUCCAGCACGCCGAAUCUGAACGCCUACGAUCCGCGCGCGGACGAUGUGGAGGACGACAUGUACGUGUCGAGCGCGCACACUUCAAUGCAUCAGCUACCGCUGUCCGCUACGCAGAAGCCGCUGGGCAUACUGCUGCCCGCGGGUUCGCGCACCUCCUUCAGCAAGGAGGUCAGCUUCUGUCCGGUGGUGUCACAAUACUCCUGGCAAGAGCAAUCCUCCGAAGAAUAUGCUGAACAACAUCAACAGCCGGAGGGUGCUGAGAAGCAAGAAGAUACAGACGAUGAGCUGCUGGACAAUGCCGAUGCCACGGUAAUACAAAAUACACGCGUUAAUGAAAUGAUUGCGGCGCGUUAUGCGGCAGAGUUAAAGAGCGCGCUUGCUGCGGGCAAUGCCACAAAGAGUGUCGCCCAAAUAAGAGCAGUGCCAAUUGAGAAAGUAAGAGCAAUGAUAAUUGUAAGAGAGCGUCAAGCGGCUGAAGAGCAAGAGCGCGAACGCGCGCGUCUGCAAGAGCAGCCAACUGGUUUGGGAGAGCAUAACGCUCAAGAGCAGGUAGAGAGCAGCAGUGACGUGGAAAAAACAUUGCACAAAGCCACUGACUACAGCCACGAGACAAAGGGAGAAGCAUUAAAACUCGACUCAAAUGACGGCGCAGCCAAUAAUGCUGACUACAGUGAAACGGUGAACGCUGGAACGGCGCAAGUGAAUGUUAGUCACAAAUCGACGAUCAUUGAUGCAACAACGAAUGUUGUACCAGCGGAACAAACGGUCACAGUGAAAGCGAAUAACGUAGAAAAUAACGUUGCUAACGACGAAAGCGACAACGACGCGCAAUCUAACCGGAAUAGCAGUUUUAGUGGUGCAAGUGGGGGUGCUGUCAGCGUCAACGAUAACGCCAGCGAUAGUUAUAACUCGACAAUUAGCGGUGAAGUGCAAACGCGUCCGCUUAGCAUACACCUGCCGAUACUGAGCGAGCCGCCCAUAAAUCGCGCGCAUCACAUAUUGUACGCGUCCCAGCAGCUGCUCGACAAAUUCGAGCGUCGCGAAAGUGAGCAAUAUUUCGGUCAAAAUAACGGGCCCCAGUGUGAAAGUGCUAUAGGGGGUGGUGUGGGCGUGGCCGAUAGGCGUGCGAAAAGUGUGGGUAAUUUGAGUGGCGCGCAAGCGACACGCUACAGAAUGUCGAACGCAACAGUAGGUGUGGGUGGGCAAGGCGGCAGCGGUGCUGUGGCGGCCAACAACAACAAUGAGCUCUUGAAUAAGAAAUUCAAGGAUGAAAAACAUCCAAGUUCUAAAGGUUUUCUGUCGCGUUUCGCGCAUGGCUUACGCUUCUCGUUGAGACGCAAAAACAAAAAACAAUUGCAACAACAGCAGCAGCAGCAACAACAGCAAUUGCAGGAGCAGCAAGACGGCGGUGAGCUGAAUGGCUUUGACAAGUCUACAAUGCGCAAAAGUUUCGGUAAGUCAGCAACAUUGCCACAUAUAAAACAACAACAAAAAGAACAACAUCAACAACAAAAACAAGCGUCUGUACAACAAAUGUCGUCAACGCAAACAAACACAAAACGUCGUGCAACCGCUCAAAGCGGCCCCGACUUUAUUUACAUACCGCUAAAGGGUCCUAUACCACCAGCAGGUACACUACCACAACAGCAGCAACAACAACCACCAUCGCCAACAACUUCAGCGAAUGGCAGCAAUUCGGCUACGCUGCCCGCCAACUUCAGUCCAGCUGAUGCAAAAAUUGGCGCCAACAGCCAGCAAAAGCCGGCAGCAGCAACAACAAACAACAAUAACAACGCAAAUAAUAACAACAGCGCCACCAAUAGUGGCAACGCGAAAGCCCCCGUCACUAUCAAUUCGAACAAAAGCGGCAGUGACAAGAGUUCUAUGCGCGCCAUCACCGACCGUAAUGGUGAGCCGCUAGUUACCGGCAAACCGCCGAAGCCCUAUCGUUACGGCAGCAUACCGGCCACCACCUCGAGCACGACCAUAAUCACCAAGUACUUUGGCAGCGGCCGACGACAGGGCGGUGGCGGCGGUGUGCCGGCACAUGCGCACAAGGAUGGCAAUGGCAUGCCGAAUGCAGCCAACUUCAAGUCGCGUAGUCAAUUCUACACAGAUUUCCUCGAUGCCGAACGUUCGUAUUACGAUGACGAUGAAAUCGAAAAACAGUUAGAUGCGGGCUUGCAAGCGAACGGUAACGCAGUCACAGCAACGGCAACAAGCGACGCGCCCGCUUAUGUGACAAACACGUCGUCGUCGUCGUCGUGUGUAACGGAAGUACAACAACAAACGCCGGAAAAAGAUAACAGUCAACGCGAUACAGAUAAUUCGAGUGAAAACGCGAGCGUCACACCGGCAACAACGGAACGCAAAUAUUCGGUGGAAUACGAAAUCCCGUCAAAGGCACAAGAGACGGCUCAAGUCGCCUACUCCUUGCCGGGUGUUACACGCGAAACCGUUAUGUUAUUAACCGGCGCAACCGGUUCCGGUGUGUCGAAUGCCGGCGACGGCAACGGACGCAUUGUUGCGCCCACCUACACGACCAUGUCGAAUGCGUAUUUGCAACAUACCAACAACAAUAACAAAAUCGGUUUAAUCGAAACCAAUUUGGACACACACGAAACGGUCAUAUCGGGUAAGACGCGUUCGCUGGUGGACAUUGUCGGUCCACAGCAGCACCACCAACAAUACGUUGUUGUUGGUGGCGACGGCGGUGGCGGUGUGGCGAAACGUUUAAAUAUGAGCGCGGCUUGCGGCGGUAAUGUGGACUUGGAUGAGGACGACGAUGAUGUGCGCGUUUACGGUCGCGAUGUUGGUGGCCGGGGCGGUGGCGCUGUUGUCAUCAAAUCAACCACGGCUAAUGGCAGUCAAAUAGCAUCGGUGCGUCGCCCGCACAAAAGCAUGGAAUUCCUGUUGGACAAGGAGAAUCAGAAGAAUGUUUUGCCUCCCGAAAAUGAGCUUCAGAAAUCGCACGAUCACAAUCCGGCCGCCUUGAGCGAACACCAGUUGCGUGUGCAGGCUUCGCUGCAGCGCCUCAACAUACCAGACUGGUUCCGACAAUACAAUCAGAAUACAUCACGCUCACCCGAAGGCAAUACGACCGGCUACAAACCGGGCAAUUUCACACGCAAACGCACCACAGAGUCCGGCCGUUGGGCGGGACUCAACUCGAAGACCACAUCGCUCAGUUCGUUGGGCUCACAACGUUCCGAUCGCAGUCCAUUGCUGCUCAGCCCCUCGGCGCACAGUCAUCACGGUGGACAGGCGGCGCAACAGCAUGGCACCGCCAGCACAAGCGCAUAUGGCACAGCUAGCGGUGGUGGUGGCGCCGGCGCAUUCUCACGCUGGUCCACAUCGCAUUUGAAUUCUUCACAAACAUCGCCGAGCGUGUCGCAGCGCGGCUCCUUCACACGUGGCGGUCCCAUCAACUCCAGUUUCAUAUCGGUGGCUAGCGGACAAAGUAGUGUGAUAAGAAGUUCCUACCGGCAGCCAUAUUUGGGUUGGCGCAGUCAGGAGAAACUGUCACAGCGCACCCCACAUGAACGCUUGGCCUCGUCGUUACUCGCGCAACAACAACGCACAUCGCCCACACAAAGGAGCGCCGGCGUCACGGCGAACGGUGACAAUGGCAGCAAACUGCAACCGGUCACACCGGAAAUCCAAAGCUCCAUCAAGGAGGUCACAUCGGCGAUUGUGCAUUAUGUCAAUGAUCAAACGCAACAGCAGCAACAACAACAACAGCGCAGCAGAUCGGCGAGUCCUAAUUCGAGAAAAUGUUGGCUUGAAUCCUCAUUUGUUGGCAUACGACCAUUGGACUCACCGCAAACACCGGUUAUUGAGAAUACAACAACAGCAUUUAGUAGCGCUACGAAUACCAAUAAUAAUACAGCAACCAAUAACAGCAUCAGCAGUCAAUAUAAUAAUUAUAAUUACAAUUACAAUUACAAUACAAGUAAUUCAUCAUCAAAUACAUUAACGGCAAUAACAACACCAAAUAGUGUUGGUGGCAUUGGCAUCACCACAGCGAUAACAACAAAUCCACAUGUGUUACGCAUGAACGGUCUGAGUAUCGUUGGCGGUGCGCCAGAACGCUCGUUGAGCACCGCAUCGCUAGAAGAUGUCUUAGCCUCACUAUUAGGACUGCCAUCGUCGUCAGCGUCGUCCAGUGGUGGAGUGCAGGGCGUGAACGUGGGCGCUGGUGCGGGUGCGGGUGCAGCUCUUGGCGCUAGCGUCGGCGUCGGCGUCAACGUCAACGCGGGGCCAUCCGCCACAAGUGAUCCAUACGCUAGGUCCACGACGACAGGCGAUUCAGCUAGUCAGUCCCUGGUAACAUUCCGUCAUAUGCCGCAGCAGCAGCAACAACAAACACAAAAUCCCCAAUCCCAGACGCAGCUGCAACAAUCCCAACAACAACAACUACUACUAGUACAACUACAAGCCGAACAGCAGCGUUUACGCCGACGCAGUGAGGGCGAUGCACCGCAACAACAAAAACAACAACAAUUGCAACAACAACAAAAUGCCAAAACCAACACGUCAACCAGCAACAGCAUCGGCGCAACGACGCACAGCAACGUCGGCCGCUUGCAAGACACCAGCACCAACAACCACUCGCCCGCCGGCGUUGGAGGUGGCAGCGGCAGCGGCGGUAUCGUCAGCACCGGGAACGCCACAUUGUCGACGCGCCGUGUCUCGCUCGGCGACAGUUCCGAGUCCAAUAACAAGACCACAUCCGAGCUGCAGAUCAAGUGCCGCAACACCAAGUGCGAUCGUAGCGCCACACCCGCAGACGCCAAAAAGUAUUACAAGUCAUGCCACAAUUGUACCCAUCUAUAUUGUUCGCGUGAAUGUCGGCGCGCCCACUGGGAGAAGCACCGCAAGGCAUGUCUACACUCACGCGCGUCGAAUUUGUGCCGCCAAGUGUUAGCCACAUGUAAGGAUGAUGUCGAUUCGCAGCGCCAUCUCAGUUUGUUGGCGCGAAAGGGCUUCCUGUCGCAGGGACGCGGCGUUGUGCGGGUGCUCUUCCGUUCCGCCGAGGCGGCUGAGAGUUUCAUCAAGCACGGCUUUCAGUGUAUGGGCGAGGCGUCCUAUGUGCGUUGGCCCGAUCUGAUGCCCGCCGAAAUGGGUCUCGAGCUGUACUCGGAACUGCUUAAGCUGAGCACCGAAUACAAGCCGGACUCCAAGAUGCUCAUCUACGUGGCCAUAUGUGUGGUCAGCGAAGCGCCGGGCAUGGGACAGGCGCCAGUACGCUGGGAACGCCAGCUGGUCUCGCGUUGUGCCAAACUGAAACUCUGCAAGAGCAUCCUAGCCGAAUUGGAGCAACAACAACUGGCCCUACAACUGCAGCAACAAACGCAGCCACCAUUGACAGUCGUGGCAGUGCCGGAACCCACCACCGAGAUACUCAUACUCACAUUCAAUCCCACUUUACGUUCGAAUAACGGACAAGGCGAACUCAUACUCUCAAAUAUAUUGGAUAUCUUAUCAAGGCGUGGUGUGCUCUUACGCAAACAUUAUCCCGAAAUCUAUCAACGUCUGCAAACCUUCACCGAUGGCCAAACGGACAAAUUCAAUCCUGUAACUCUGCAUCCGCGCGACUCACAAACCGGCAAAAGCUUCGUCUGCAUCAUCAUGCCAGUGCAUACGUCCGACAGUGAUGUCAUCAAGCUGCCGUCGGCAUCGGAUGGCGGCAAUCGUGUGACCACCAUCGACGUGGGCUCACCGGCUGCAUUGGCACAAUUGGAUGACGACGAGCUGCUCACACGCUCUACAAGUUGAUUCAUAAAAAGCAACGGCCGUGUUGGCAUCAAGAAACGUUCAUCGUCGACGGGCUCUACUGGGUCGACGGCGUCGGAUCUGUUAUUAAUGUCUGCAACGGCGGAUGGUGCCGCCGGCUCGCUAACGCUGGAAAGUACACGCAUGUAGAGGGUGUGCCGCUUGCUUCGGGGUCGUAUCGGAUAUGGGAAUGCAGCUUAUGUAGUUUUUAAGACAGUUAUAUUAUACAGCUAUACAUACUAAUAUACAUAAACAAGCAUAUAUAGUCUUAUAAUCAAUCUCUCUUAUAGCCUGAUUAACGAACAAAAGAAGCUUCCUCCUCUCUUAGCGACAUUUAAAGGAGCGCAUACCGACAACUCGUAUUUAGACACCGCACACACUGCAUACUACAACAUAACUAUGAACUUUAUACAUGCAUAGCCAAGUCUUUAAAAGUAAUCAGGAAAUCUUCCACAUUUCGCUCAUAUCAUGCUAAUUCUCGGAAAUCGACUAAUAUUUAUGCAUAAACAUACAUACAUACAAGUACAAUACUACUUCUUCAUAUUCGUAUUUAGCUAGAUAAUAUUUAUUUUAUGUGCUUUCUUAGUGUUAAAAUUAGCUAUUUAAGUCAAGACGUCAUUCGUGAUUAUGAGAUAAUACAAAAAUUUGAAAUGUGAGCAAGCGAAUAUUAAGAAAUUAUAGCAUUAAGUGGAUGAAAAAUGGGUGGAGGAGUUACAAAAGCAUACAGUUAAAUACCGUUAGACAUUUUUUAAACUGGGCUGUUGUAUUUAGAUUGCCGGUUGUCCCAAAAAUUAACGAUAUUCAAGAGACGCGCAUAUUUAAAAGAGAGUUAUAGAAGUUUAAUCUCGACUCAUACCAUUUUAAACCUUACUUAACAAACCGUUUUCAAUUAUGGAUCUUAAGCUAGCCGAAUAAAUUCGAGGCCUUCCAAGCACAAUGUGGUGUGAACACUUCAAUUGUUCCUUGUGUCUCGUAAAUCUUUUCGAAAACCCGACAUCCCAUACGACCUAUUACCGAGAAUUGAAACUAUGUUCAUGAAACUGAGUAAACUCAGUUUUUCGCGUUUUAGGCACAAUCUCAAAGGUACUCCUUGUGGUAUCCAAAAACUUUAAAAUGUUUGAAGUGAACUAUCACAAACGAUCUUUAAUUUCUAAUAGGAAGGACCGUCUCGACAGUAAAACUGGUGUUUCAGACGAGUUUAAGAAGUUAUUUUGCCAGAACAACAAGAUGAUCAAUAAACUCGAGUUUGUGGCGCAUUGUGAACUUAGGUUAGGUUAGAUCAAGGGGAAGAUCUUCAGAACUGCAGACAGUCUCGCUUAGACUCUCCUUUGGGAUACCCCUAUCGGUUCACUAAAACCUUAUAAAUCGACAAAACGUUUGGACACUAUUAUAAAGUUCUUAAGUUGACUAAUCUCGAUUCAAGUCACUUUACUGAGUUCGCCGAAGGCAACUAGCGUCUGGUUUAAACCUAACAUCACCGCAUGUGUGCCUAUUGGACAAUUGACCAGUAAGAAGCACUCCAAUGAUUGCGGAGGGAUGAAUUUGCUGUAAUACAAAUUUCCCACUUUUCCAAUUCGAGAGAGAUUCUCCAACAGCCAAUAGUCAUGAUAUUUUAAUCAAUUAUAUAAAUGCUGUAUAAUUGUCAUUAAAGUAUUUUACCAAUAUUAUUUGAGGGUUCAAUGGAUUACUUUUAUUUUAACUUACGGAAAUAUUUUAGGUAAUUUAUGAAAUUGAACUAUUUAAACGAGUUUCAAGUAUACGAAGGAAACAACUUAGAAAAGGUUACAGUUAAGACUGUCAAGCGCCAAAACACAAAACGUUCCAACAUUUUCCAAGUACCUAUAUCUAAUCGUAUCUCAAGAAAAUCCUUGAAUAUAUGAAUUACUUAAAUACCCCGUUGUAUCUACAAAGAUCGAAGCAAAUUUCCAGCAUCUGUUUCUAAAUUAGAUGCAAGUAAUACAAAUGGUAACCAAAGUAACAUAUCUUUCGGAGAACAUUUCAAUUUACGGUUACCAAAAGCUAUAUAGGUUAGGAAACAAUAAGGAACCUAUACCUUUAAGACGUUAUCAAUUCAUAAUGAGACCAUUAACAGAAAUUAGACCGUAGUCGUUGAUUGAGACCUAUAAAACAUCUCUACAGAAAACUAAAAGAGUCUACAAAGAUAUUGAAUCGAAGUUGCCUAAGUACGGGCGAUUCAAUAAAAGAUUACAGUAAAGAUUCAGUAAGAUUACUUCAAUGUUUCAAAUUUGUCUGAACAAAUCAAACCAGGACUUCUCAUAAAUAACUUCAGUGGAGAAUGAUUUUAAUCUCCACACCGAUUUUUCAGAGAUAUAAAGCAACUUUUUUUGGUACAUAAAAGAACUUCCCCUAAAAGAUUUCGAACGGUUACUUGUUGAAUUAAAACCUUAGAAGUAUUGAAAUGUGUAUCUUGAAAAUCAUCAAGCAAUUCGCUUAAGCAAUAUUAUAAAAAUCGGAAUUAAGGAAUAAAAAUUAUAAAGCCAAAAUUUUCAGGGGUUCGCAAACAAUAAAUGAUCUUGCAGCUUCCAAUGAAGACAAAGUUAUGUAGAACUAGCCGAAGGAUAAGGACAACUGCGCUGUAUUUGAAAAUGGCUGACAAAAUAUUUAUAGAAAUUGUUUAAUCAAAAAUUGAGUACUUGAGAAAUUCAAUUAGAAAUGAAAUUAAGUACGCAUUAGUUGGGACAAGAGAAGAAAGCAACCAAUAAAAAUUAAAGACGACUCUUUAGACGCGAUAGAAUUUCAAAAAAAUGCAUAGCGUAAAUUAAGAAGCAAAACCGUUAUAAACAGAGACUUAGCAUGUAAAUGAAAAAUGCAUUCUAACAUUUCGACGCUUAAGCAGCCGAGACGGAAGUAAACAUUGGGAUGGACAUAUUUCUAUGUUGCGUUGCAAUUAAAACGCCUUGCUUUAACUAAACUCAUACUCAUAUGCUUUCACAUUACGACUAACUAAUGAAUAAGCUGACAUUUAAACUAGUAAUUAAUUAAUAAAACAAAAAAAACAACAAGUGAAGACAUUUAAAGUAAUUUUAAGCAGCUAAUGGCCUUAUUUCGUGAAUUCGUUUCAGUCACACACACACACAAACAAACACACAGCCACACAUACAUACAUACAUACAUACAUUGACAUUGAACAAAAUGAAACUGUAACAAAAUUUAUUCCUAAUUAGUGAAAAUUUUUUAAAUUUAUUAAAUUUAUUUACUUAAGUAUUUACAUUUUAAGCUAACAACAAAAACAAAAAUAAAAAUAAAGAAAA